CCAACUUCAUACAGAGCUUCAUAAAAGAUAUAAACGACUCCAUAAAGGUCUUCAAAGUAUGCAACAGGACAGUGAACAAUUAGCGUUCAUACUAUGUAGAAAAUAUGAUGAACUGACCAACGAAACAGAUGCUUUAUAUGAACGAAAUGACAAUAGAGGGAUUAACUUCAGGUUUCAACCUGAGGCCUCGAUGUUGCAAUUACUUUAUGAAUUAGGUAGUCUUGGAAAAAUUCAGACAUACAAAAACAACCCUAAUCAAGUCAUUAAAGUAUCAGAUUUCACCACGCAUGAUAUUAGCGAUCAUCCAGACCCCGAUGAGUACCCUACAGCAACGAUAAUUGGCAUAUGUGAAUUGACAUGCAACCAAUUUAUAAUAGCUGACUGUUCAAACUAUAACGCUAAAUUGUUAAGUUCUUCCUUAAAAGUUUUGUCACGCCACAAAUUCCGGAGCAGACCAAUCCAAAUGUGCAAUGUAAGUGCACGUAGCGUGGCUGUCAUAUUUGAUAAUGGUGUUAUCCAAUUUAUUCGAGUAAACAACCAACGCAUCACAGUGGAAAGAAUAAUCAAAUUUCAAGGCGCCUGCUACGGUAUUGGGUACCACAACGACGAUAUAUUUGUCGCAAAUAUCCGAAAAAUCUACCACUUUGAUAUUGCCGGACGAAACAAGAAAAGUAAAAUCUACGUUGAAAAUGCUAGUAAAUGUGCCGUAAGCCCAGAUGGAAAGACUGUAUACGUGACAACCAACGGAAACUGGUGCCUCACAUUGAAGAAAGCUGAAACUCUUCAACCCCCUUCCGGUGAAAUCCAACUUAGCAGACCUGAUGGAGUACAUGUUACAGCCAAUGGUCAGGUGCUUGUCUGCUGUCGUGGAUCUCGGGAAGUUGUGCAACUUGAUUCGGAAGGCAAAGAGAUACUGGCAAGAUUUGCUGUCAGCGGUAUUCCUGAAUGUGUGUGCUACAGCACCGAAAAGGGAAUUCUGCUGGUGGGUCUCUGUGACAGUGACACACUACACGUGUAUAAAACAACCUAACAGUUUUACACGCAAAAGUUUUAAUGUCAUAAAUAACUUUUAACUGACUCUGAAUGAGUGCAUGCAUGGUUGAAAAUAAUGAAUAAUUAAGUACACACAGUGUGCAUGAACGAUAAUCAUCGAGCUGACUUGUAUACGUUUGAUGUAUACAUUAUUAAAUAUGCAAUUUCACGCAUAUAUU